AGACAGUUGCAUUCUUCGAAGCCUAUCAUAGCCAGUGCCAACGAAAGACUCCGCGCAAUGUCAGCAACCACAAGCCCUGCACAUCGUUGCAGCAUCGACGCGACCCGGAGAAUAUUCCCCAACUCACCUUCCACGAGGCCCGUAAUUUCCAAGCUCUCAAUAAUCGAUUCGACAGUCGCUCGUUUCACACCCACCGCCGCGAUAUGGCUUUACGACAAGCCAAAAACAUCACGGUUCUCACAGAUUGAGCUUUUUGAGACCCUCGGCCACGCGCUGAGUCAAACGCUAGACGAUUAUCCACACUUUGCAGGUCAACUACAAUGGGCCACACCUGAGCAGGUCAAAGACAACGCAGUCCCGCGACACCUUGGCCGACUAGUAGUUACACAUGGCUCGACCAAAGACCCUGGGGUUGAGCUAUCCAUCGCCACCCAGGACUCGAACCUCAGCGAUAUCGUCCCAAGCCGGGCUGAGAGGGCGACGAACCUGAAAGAGUGGAACGCCUCAAACUUCCAGCAAAGCGACUUCUUGCCAAAAACUAAGAUUGCGCUCAUGUCUCUGAAUGUUAUCGACGAGCUGCCCGCCAUGGCUGUUCAGUUGACAUCGUUCAAGUGCGGGGGCUUCGGGAUCAGCGCAAUGGUCUCGCACCCGCUCGCAGAUGCCGUGUGUUUGAUGAAUUUCAUGUACUCUUGGGCAACACGGUCGAGGAUUCUCUUCGGAAAUACUUCCGCAACUGGUGAUCUAAGACUGUUCAAGCCUGUCUUUGAUCCGGCCCAACUUGACCGGGUUGCGGGACUCACAUCGGGAGGUCUCCCGGACGCAACACUAGUUGCAGAGGCUCGAGCACUGCCGAUGCACCGAUUCGACUGGUGGGCAGAAGACGCACCAGGAUAUCCCCGAGGUGUCAGGCCAGCUUCACUGGCCACCAUGCCGCCGGCGGAAGAAUUGAGAACGACCGAACUUAGUCCGUCGACACAUCCUCCAUGGCCAACCUGGAAUAUGAGCGCACCAGUCGACCACGUUCAGAUACGGUUCACGGCGAUAGAAUUGACGCAGAUGAAGAAAGCUGCGCAAGCAAGCUUGCCAGAGCAGAUGAAAUCACUCCGAGUCUCCAGGCUCGAUGCAGUCUUGGCUCAUAUCUGGACUAUGAUGAACCGCGCGCGUGGUCAUGAAGGGAACUUGGAAAGCGUAUAUCUGAAUAUCACCUUGGGCAUCCGAAGCCGCAUCGAUCCACCCCUACCCGAAACCUUCGUUGGGUCUCCUCUCCUUCUAGGAUACGUGGAGAAACCUGCCAAUGAAGCUAGCUCAACCCGGCUUGGACCCAUUGCCGGCGCUAUUAGGCAGACGAUGUCUCGGUUCACUCCAGAUGCGGUGGCAGCUUACAUUCACGACGCCGCACACGAGGCCAGUCCUCAGCGGCUAUGGCAAGGCUUCUUGGGAACUCAUCACACCCUUGUCACAUCCUGGGUACGGGCCAAGACCUAUGAGCUUGAUUUCCUUGGCACCAACGAGUUGGCUCGUUAUGUUCAGGGCGUCAUGCCAAAGAUUGAUGGCUUGGUCCAGAUCAUGGAUAUUGCCGACACUGGUGACUUUGAUGUCAGUGUCUGCAUGCAACAAAGCGCCAUGGACCGACUGCUGAAUGAUAGUGCGCUCCGUCAAUACGAGUGCGCAACCUAGAAUUGGCGUAAAAUCUUCAGAGGCGUUGUUGAAUACGCACAAGGACUUGGUCGGGACAACGCUUUGGUUAUCACCAGCACAGAUUAGCCAAAACUGAAAAUAGUAUACAGACAAAAAAGAAAGAAAGAUUUGUGCCAAUCGCUGACGGGAAUUGAGCCCGACGUGGCUGGGAGAUGUUAAACGA